AUGCCAACUAUUUACGAUUUUCAGGUAAAAGCUGCGGAUGGAAAGCCGUACAAUCUCUCUCAACACAAGGGACAUCCACUGUUAAUAUACAAUGUGGACAACCACUCUAAUUUAGCGGCGGGCAACUACAAGACAGCGACAACUCUCUAUAAUAAGUAUAAAGAUAAGGGGUUCACUGUAUUGGCUUUCCCAUGUAAUCAGUUUGGUGGACAGGAGCCUGGUUCAGCACAGGAAGUGAAGGAGUUCGCCUGUACACGGUUUAAGGCAGAUUUCCCAAUCAUGGCGAAGAUUAACGUGAAUGGUGAGAAGGCACAUCCAUUAUAUGAGUAUUUAAAGAAGGAAAAACCCGGUAUUCUUGGUACAAAGGCUAUUAAGUGGAAUUUUACUUCUUUUCUUAUUGAUAAGAAUGGAGUACCUGUGGAGCGGUUUUCUCCUGGAGCUUCAGUUGAAGAAAUUGAGAAGAAACUUACCCCUCUUCUGGAGGCAUAG